AUGUGCAAUAUUGCCCCUUCUGACAUCAAAAUUCUCUAUCCAUUUCACAUGGAUACAUUUCCCGUGAUGGUUUUCGUUGCUAGGUCCUCAUGAUGUCGCUCUCCUUUCUUUCUUCUGGGCCCUCUGGUGCCGCGCGCGCGCGGGUUGCACGCGGCACAGGCUUCGCGCCAUCUGCUUUCUCUUUUGCUGCACCCUCUGCACCCUCGGGCAUCGCCCCAUCAGCGCCCUUUGAUUUCUCCAUGGAUACUUUACUCGGCAAGCCGCCGAAUUCCCCACUGACUCCUUCCCAAGGCGCAGCAGAUGUUACUAGCGGUAGCAAGGUGAAGAGUGAAUGGGGCUUGGACGAUGUUGUGGGAUCCUCCCCGCUAUUUCCCAGGUCGUACGGUUACAGCUCACUUGAUAGUCCGGAUUUGGACUAUGCCUCUGGGUUGGAAGUUUCACCUCCAUUCCCCACAUCCAUCCACUCCCCUAUACUGCCAUCGUCACCAUCUACUUUGUCGUCAAACUUCGGUACCGAGUUCGGGUCGAAUAAGGUCGAGGUCUCGAUCGUGAAACGCGUGGAGGAAACCACUUCAUCUGUUAGGGACUCGUACGUAUUCGAUCUGCACUUUCGCCCGGCGCCCGAUGCCUCCGAUUCGGUGAAUGAGAUGAUCAACAUGGAGACGAAAUCGCUCACUGUGCAUCUACGCAAAAAACAGAACUCUUUGACGCUUCAGACAUCCACAAUCCCUUCCUCCCUCGCUUCAGCUCCGUUAGCAUCGGAGUUUGGUGGGGAACAAUCAGCAGACUCCCCCAACAGCUUCACGUAUCCUUUCUGGUCAUUAAACCAAUGCUCGAGCCCGACCCCUUCAUUAAUUUCUUCAUCUUCUACGGAAGGCGCACCGAUUACGUUACAGAUCAAGGACUCAAAUAUGCUCCCACUGGGCGAUGAAAAUGUGGAUACCGGGACAUGGGAGUUGUCGUUCGAGAGUUCGACGUAAUCCUGACGAAGUCCAAAAUGCAACAACCCACGUGUCGACACUUGGGUCCUUUCAUUCGCAGCUCUUCUCUUUUUUCUUCAGCUGCUUCCUUGGGUUUACUCUGUUUCUUUGACUUCUAUCCUACUUAUUUUAUUCUAUCUUCGUCGCGUUCCGAAUCGCUUUCUUUAUUCUCCUUGGUUUCGGCCGGUACAACCCUCUUCGUAUUAUCAAUGUACUCCCACAUUAGUCUGUCUUCCCUUUGUCAGCUUUUGUGUAGUCCUUAUGGCUUUAUUAUCAGUGAUUCGCGAGGAUCCUGUAAAGAUGACGUCGCCAAACCACUCGCUGCAGGUUAGAGAUUUAGUAUGGAUGGGAUACAUCGGUGUA